CGUUGCACAGCACUGCAAGCCACACGUGUUUGUAUUUAUUGUGAAAAAGACGCACAUUUUAUAAAUUUUAUUCAAAAUGUAUCUCAUGUACACAAUUAACGAAAACGGCGAUCGUGUUUACACGUUGAAGAAACGCACGGAGGACGGCCGUCCCACCUUGUCCGCGCAUCCAGCGCGUUUCUCGCCCGAGGACAAGUAUUCACGCCAGCGCCUUACUAUCAAGAAGCGCUUUGGUCUGCUGCUCACACAGAAGCCGGAGCCCAUCUACUAAGCCAGCGUUUAUGUUUAAAUUAGCUUACAUGUGUAUAUUUACAAAUAAUAAGUAAACCGUAAAAAAAAACAAAA